AUGCAUCGGUCUGUGCGCAUUUUCCGCGGCUUUUUAAAGUCAUAUAUCUGCAUAUGGUGCGUGUGUUUACUGCCUUUGAAGUUACUUGCGCAGCUGGCUCCAGAAUGUAAUCCGGGUGGAUACAGGACCUUGAGGAACGCAUAUCGGAGCGUCAACUUCGACUCUACUGAGCUACAGAACACAGCGAUACAGGAUCUGAUUUGUGACUAUUCACUGCUACCCGGAUGGUACCGUUUUAGCAUUAACAACAAACCGGCGGAGAUGCCCACCCGCUGUGUGGAGAUGAACCGCUGCGGGACGCAGGCUCCAGUAUGGUUGUCUCUUAAAGACAGCUCUCUGCCGAGGCCUGGCGAGGUCAAGAAGCUCUCAGCUUGUGCCACAUGGCAGUUCUUCCAUGGAAGCACCAAAGACUGCUGUCUUUUCCGCAUCCCAAUAUCUGUCCGCAACUGUGGAGUGUUCUUGCUGUACUACCUACAGCCAACUCAAGGUUGCAUGGGAUACUGUGCAGAAGUUAUUUCACAGUACACGCCCAAGUCCUGCCCACCUGGUGAAACAGAAGUUAACGGUGUAUGUAAAGCAAAUCUACCCUCACUACCUUCAAAACCAGUGGUGACCCCAGAGUUGGUUGGCAGCAGUGUCCACCUCCGAUGCUCAUAUGCUGGGGUAACGGCCACCCGGAUGGUGGGAUACCUGGUUGUGUGGGCACGAUAUUCCUCCAACACCAUGAAGGUGGAGAUCAGACGAGACACAACAUCUCGACUAUAUUCUCUGGUGGAGAUGGACGGAGUUCACUUCAGGCUAGGAGAAACGUUUUCCUGCAGUGUAUCCGCCUUCCUGUUAAACUCAUCCAGCUCUCCAUCAACAUCCAAAGAGAGUCCUGGGUUUUUCGCAGGAAUCAAGUUUGUUCCAGAUGUUCUCAACAUCCGUGAGGAUGUUAAAAAGCACGCUUUGGCGCUACACAGCACGGUCCCGAUUCCCUGCCAUGGAUUCGAGCACAACGGCCGUUGCAAAGUGUCUCUUGCUCUCAGUAUACAUGAUUCAGACAGUGUAGUUGUGGAGGUUCCAAAUGUGGCCCUGUCAUCCUGCUUCGUCGAGCUCCUGUCCCAACCCUGCCGAAAUAACGUCUGUGCUGAAGGUACCGUGACUGUCACCGGCGUUACCGAUUUCACACGGGACGGGAACCGGGUCAGCCUCUUCUCUGCCCAGCCCGCCCAAGGUAGUCCUCGCCUCUGGAGAGGUUACAACCCUCCAGCACUGAAGAUCACAGUUCAAGAUGUUCCAACAGCAACCUGUUACUCCCUGACCGAUCCCCACAUCAUUACGUUUGAUGGCAGGCAUUACGAAAACCAACAGACUGGCACAUUUUUGCUUUAUAAGAGCACAAACCGUGUGUUCGAGGUCCACACCAGGCAGUGGGAUUGUGGGAGCCGACACUACACCGUGGCGUGUACCUGCGGCGUGGCCGCACGAGAGGGCAAUGAGGUUGUGACGUUUGACAUGUGCAAUGGGCAGCUGCAGGAAACACGUCCUGACUUGUCCAUCAAGGCCGUGGGACCAUCCGCGACCAAUCGGAUUAAGAUCCAUGAGACGCACCAAGGAAAAAAAGUCACGAUUGUAUUUGCCUCGGGGGCGUUUGUGCGAGCAGACGUCAAUGACUGGGGAAUGAGUCUGUCCGUCAGGGCUCCGAGUCAGGACUUUAAUGGCACCAUAGGCCUGUGUGGAUUAUUUGACCGGAACAGCCACAACGACCUAAAUCACCCGGCAGGCACAAACCACCACAACAAUGACCAAGUGGAAUUUAUUCAGAGCUGGAGGAUCGCGCCUGGGGAGAGCCUGUUUGACAGCACGCCACCUGCCGUGGAUGAGGAGAUAAAGUGGAAUUUCUGUGCUUGUCAAAAGGGAUAUAGCCUGUCCCACCAUUCAACACAUGCCUCUGAUGGCCUAUUAAACCCGCCUCCCGUUUUCCACUGCCAGUCUCACAACGAAAAAGAUUACACAUCCCUGUUCCCCUUCAGAGAUACCACGGCCGACUACACCACUAAAACUGGCUCAGUUCGCAACAUCCAGAAACGGGAGGCGUCAACUAAAGUUCCAGAGUUCUCCAAAAGUCUCAGUGGUGUUAAACCAAAGUUUCAGAUGUCCCAAGUUCAGGCAGAGAACUUUUCGCUUUCUGUAGAGGAGCUAAAAAUUGACUCGUUAUUUAAUGUUUCCGAUCAUCGCUUGAAUGAAUCUAAGGUGCCCUUUCCCACCUCAAGUGGUAGACACAAGAGACAGACCCUUGAAUUCCUGCCUGUUUACACCUUCCAGACCUUAAGCCAGACUGACCUGGAAAGUCUCGCCUACUUCUUUCCAGAUGACCACCGCUCUUCUAUACGCACUCCUGCCCACCCAUCCUGGCCGACACCCAGUGGCCUCACUUCUGCCAAAGCACUGGAGGUCUGCCAGUUGGCUCUUGCUAACUCAACCGUGGGCACAGUAUGCAAGAGUCUUCUUGGUCGGCGCUUGGAAGAAGCUGUGGAUCUUUGCAUUCUGGAUCUUCAACUAAAGGACGACUUGACUUGGGAGGAUGCCCUUGUGCCCUUCUUGGAGAACGAAUGUGAGCGAAAGUGGCUGGAGAACCGGACUCAACGUUCUCAAGACAUUUUGACAACAUUAGAGGAUAUUGCAAAGGCCCUACGAUGUCCAAACUUCUGCAAUGGGAAUGGGCUGUGUGUAGAGUGGGGAUGCCAGUGUUUUCCUGACUAUAGUUUUCAUGACUGCAGCCACACCAUCAGUCAGCCAAUAGAGAUCACUGAUCUGGAGAACAGCGGUUUAUGUGACAUACGUGAGUUGGACUGCGACACCGUGAGGGUUUUUGGGCUGGGCUUCAUUGACUCACCUGACCUUGCAUGUCUCGUCAUCAGAUUAAAGCACAUGAAUGGAGUUUGGAUCCCUGAUGAGGAAAGAAGAACCAAAGCUUCCUUACUCAGCUCCAGGGCUAUAGACUGCUCCAUCCCACGGCUUGGCAACAUGGCUGUCGACACGAUGGACUUCAUGGCCAAUGAACAGCCCUAUGCCAGAUGGGAGAUUAAGGUAACUAAUGAUGGUCGUCAGUACAGCAAAGGGAAGAUCUUGACCCUUUAUGAUGGUAUUUGCCAGCUGUGUGAGACUCCCUCUGGACUCUGCAAACUGAAGGAAGGGACGUGUAAUAUAGAUGGGAUGUGUUUUGCCGAGGGAAGCUCAAGCCCUUCCAGUCCAUGUCUCCUGUGUAACUCCACGGCCUCCAAAUACACCUGGUCCAUUAAUCAAGCUAAUCGGCCACCGACCUUCCACGCGCCACAGGGUGGCCUGCGGACCUUUGCAGGGGAGAACUUUGUGUACCAAUUCACCGCUACAGACCCCGAGGGUUCGGCCCUGCUCUUCCAGAUGGAGACGGGGCCUCCCGGGGCCUCCAUUUCCCCAGGUGGGCUCCUCAUCUGGAAAGUGUAUUCGGAGGAGACGCACAUCUUCCAAUUCACUGUGUCUGAUGAGUGUGACGCUCAGAGAAGAUUUACUGUGGAGGUAGAUGUACAGCCAUGUGAGUGCUUGAAUGGAGGGACGUGUGUGACCAACAUCAAGUAUCCUGCGGGCAGCGGCGAGUACCUGUGUUUGUGCCUGACUGGUUUCCAUGGUGACCUGUGCCAAGAAGAGCUGAACAAAUGCACUUCCAGUCCAUGUCGAGCAGGAGUUUGUGUCAAUCUGGUUGACGGGUUUGAAUGCCAGUGCCCUGCUGGACUGAUGGGAGUGACAUGUCAGGAGGAUGUAAAUGAGUGCGAGAGAGCUGUAUGUUUUCCUGGAGUGAGGUGUGUGAAUAGCUUUGGAUCUUUCAGGUGCGGCCCUUGUCCUCGAGGCCUGGAGGGUGAUGGGAUCUUCUGCAAAAUCUCCUCUUCCAAACCAUCUGCCGUGCAGCCCAGCAAAACCACCUCAACUCACCUCUCGCUAGAAUCUAACAAAGCUCCAAGCACGGCUCUGGUCACUAAAGCAGCCACCAACCCCAAUCAGAGAACUGGUUAUCGCAAUGCAUUAAAUAUGACAGCCAAGUGUGCCAGUAGGCCAUGUUUUCCGGGCGUUCAGUGUAUUGACCUUCGGCCUCCCUACACUGGCUAUGUCUGCAGGCGAUGUCCUCCAGGUUACCAUGGCAAUGGACGCACCUGCACGAAACAAUCAAAAAAUGCCUCACCCCGAUACCAGUCACCGCUACUGACCCAAGCCAAGAACAACCUGCCCCAUGCCUCCCACGGAGCGCCCCAUCUGCACCUCCCAACCCUUCCCUUCAGGGUGCCUCAGAGACGCCUUUUCUCACCGGGGAGGACUCCACAUAAGCAGGCCACCACUCAUGCCCCUCUCCCGCCAACAUUUCCACCUGCCACAGAGAAAACUGAGUUUGCUCUGCCGGUGGGACACACUCCUGCCUCAACCAGCAGCAGGGAUCGACUCUACUCUAACUCUCGUAAUCAACUGAACAUUCUUCCGAGUCCAGAGGAGCGAAGCCCUUCAUUUAAAGUCUCAGCAAGUGGAUUUGCGGGCAUCACGCCCAGAGUGACACCUAAAGUAACUUUACCUCACACUUUGAGUUAUGCUGAGACAUUGAGACAGUCUUUAGAGAAACCCAGUCCCAUUACAAUAUCCCAGGCUCGACCUUGGACACCUCCAGACACCCAGCGACCCUUAACAGCAGCCUUGACCUCUCUCUCUUUCUCCUUCUCGGAGUCAGAGUUCUCAGCAGAUGGAAGUCUAGGACCUGGAAAGCAAGACAUGUACGAGACACAACCACUACCACAGGAGAGCUUCACCUUCCAUGGUGAAAGAAGCUACACCCAAUCCCUGGACCACCAUCCAACUCUCCAGAAUGGUAGACUCCAAAGCAAAAGCAGAAAUGUAGUACUGUUAGAGGAGAGAAGUUUCACCUGUGCAGAUGUCCCUUGCUUCCCAGGAGUACACUGUGAGCUUGCUGGGGACAGACAACUUAGAUGUGGAAGCUGCCCUUUGGGGUACACUGGAAAUGGGCGAAUAUGCAGAGCUGUCUGCAGAUACUCCUGCGGUAAAAACAUGGAGUGUGCGGCCCUGAACACGUGCCGUUGCAAGAUAGGAUUCAGUGGCCCCAACUGUGAAACAGCUAUCUGCAAUCCUCCCUGCCUGAAUGGAGGGAAUUGUGUAGCUCCAGAUGUAUGUGAAUGCAAGUCAGGUUACCAUGGAGAGACCUGUGAAAGCGCUCUCUGCAGUUCGCCCUGCCUGCAUGGAGGCACCUGCGUGGGUCGAGACACCUGCUCAUGUCCCUAUGGCUUUGUAGGGCCCAGAUGUGAAACCAUGGUGUGCAACCGUCACUGUCAAAACGGAGGGAAGUGCGCAUCGCCAGAUGAGUGCGAAUGUCUGGUGGGGUGGACGGGAGCAUCAUGUGAGACAACUCUUUGCGACCCAGUGUGUCUCAACGGUGGGACCUGUGUACAUCCAAAUUCCUGCACCUGCCAGCAUGGUUUCUAUGGGGCUCAGUGUCAAAACGCUGUGUGCAGCCCACCCUGCAAAAACGGAGGUUAUUGUGUGCGUAACAACAUCUGCUCAUGUACGGAUGGAUAUUCUGGCCCACGCUGUGAGAAAAGUGUGUGUGAGCCAGUCUGCAUGAAUGGAAGAUGUGUUGGACCAGAUGUGUGCGACUGUGCAUCAGGAUGGAGGGGAAAGCGAUGUGAUGAACCUGUGUGCCUGCAGAAGUGUUUAAAUGGAGGUGAAUGUGUGGGGCCGAGCACCUGCCACUGCAGCUCCGGCUGGAAGGGAACUCUGUGCCAAAAACCAAUCUGUGAACAGAGGUGUUUGUAUGGAAGUCGGUGUGUCAGACCCAACGUGUGCGCUUGUCGAGCUGGAUACACGGGCACACUGUGCUCUAGAAAGCUUCCUGUCCAGAGUGGAUGAGGAACUGACAUGAGGUGUCAAUAGUGCACUGAGGACACUGGGCCCACAUUUCACUACUUAUUAACCUGAAAGGGUUACAAUAUCGGUUGCAAUUUGUAAAUAUCAUAUCUGAAGAUAUUAAUUUAUGCUUAGGGUAUAAUAUAAUGUUUUAUAUUUACUUUCAAACUCUACUGCUAUAUUUG